AGCGCAGUAAGUCAUUUAGCUUGCAACAGAUGGCCUUCGGGCGUGGGCGAGAACAGAAUAUGAGCUGUUUACCCUCCGAGACGAACGGCAGGAUGCGCCCCCUCUUCGAUGCGUCUACUGUUCCUAGUAAAGUCAGUCGCUUCCCCACGUCCUCUCCCUUCCACUCAAUGCGCUCUCCCCUCAUCUCGCAUCUGCCGUCUCAUCCUGCCCUUUCUCUCCUCUCUCUUCUCAACCUCUCCCCCCUUCCCGUUCUCUCCCCAAUUUACUCCCCACUUCGCAUCCUAAACAACCCACUUGCGCAUUUCAUCGCACCUCUUCCCUCCCUCCCUCCUGCCCUCGCUCCCCACCAAUUCUGCGCACCAAGAGAGGGAGUGCCCGCUAUCGAGGAGUCUGCGGUCGCGGUGUGGGAGGUAGACUACGUGGCCGCGAUAUACGGUAUGGCAGCUGCUCAAGCGCGCAUCAAGAAGCUCGAAGGGGAGGUCAUCGUCUAUGGACCAAGAGGCGCAAGUCGACGAACUGCAGACGCAAGUCGCGGGCUCGAGAAGGCGGCGGGGAUCGAGCAAGAGUCGCACAAGUUCGAGGGCGAAGCCAGCGAUAUCUAG